CUGAAGUGAGACACACACGUUAUUUCAUUCAGUGCUUCAUGCAAGAUGGAUCUGCAAGUGUCAGUUUUUCUUCUUUUUGUCGCCUUUACUUCAGGACACUCUCUCAACUGUUACCAGUGUGGCAAAGUGAUGGGUGUAUGUAUAUUUCCAUCAGAAAAAACCUGUCCCAGUGGAAUGUCUAUGUGUGAGAGUGUCACAUUGGUCAGCAACCUUGGUCUUAAAAUGAAGGGUAAAGAUUGUUCUGCUGAUUGUGCAAGUGGGACCAUAAACUUUGGUGAUACACAGAUGUCUUCGACAUGCUGUAACAGUGACAAGUGCAACAAAGAAGAUCCUCCAGAUCACAGCACUGGCACUCCUAAUGGAAAGAUGUGUUACUACUGCAAGGAGAACAGUUGCUUAUAUUCUCUGAGCUGCUCAGGGACAGAAGAUCACUGCGUUACAGCAACAGCAAAUUUCUCAAGCCAGCCAGAGAUUUUAAAAGGAUGUGCAUCGAAAUCUUUCUGUGAUGCCAAAGGAACGGGUCCAUUUAAGAGCUUCUCCUGUUGUUCAGGGAAUCUGUGUAACGGAGCUAAAAGUAACACUCAGAGCUUUGUGAUUCUCUGUCUUCCUCUGAUCGCCUUCCUCCUGAUGCUCUGAAUAAACAAUCUUCUACAGCCUGUUUUAUACACAACAGUAUGACUUGCAUUGUCUCUGGAGCUGUACUGUAUGUGAUAUUUUUGCUGUGACAUUCUGAUGUAAUGUUUUAUAAAAUAAAGUAUUAGGUUUGUCCUGUGGGCAUAUAAUAAACAUUUUAAUAA